CCCCUUCCCUCCAGCAGACCCCGCCUGCGGGCCGCAGCCCGCGACCAUGGUCUCCAAGUCCGACCAGCUGCUCAUCGUCGUGUCCAUCCUGGAAGGUCGCCAUUUCCCCAAACGUCCAAAGCAUAUGCUUGUAGUAGAAGCAAAGUUUGAUGGAGAACAGUUGGCUACUGAUCCCGUGGACCACAUUGACCAGCCAGAAUUUGCUACAGAGUUAGCCUGGGAAAUUGACAGGAAAGCACUCCAUCAGCACAGGCUACAGCGUACUCCUAUCAAACUCCAGUGUUUUGCCUUGGAUGCUUUGACUUCAGCCAAGGAAACUAUAGGUUACAUUCUUCUAGAUUUAAGAACUGCUCAAGAAACAAAGCAGGCACCAAAAUGGUACCAGUUGCUGAGCAAUAAAUACACCAGGUUCAAGUCUGAGAUACAAAUAAGCAUUGCUUUGGAAACAGAUUCAAAGGCACCAGUGGAUAGUUUUAAGGCAAAGGGGGCUCCCCCUCGAGAUGGAAAAGUACCUGCUAGCCUGCCUGGAUUUGACCCCAAGGACAUUGUGGCCGUGCUGAAUGAGGAAGGAGGCUACCAUCAGAUCGGACCAGCAGAGUCUUGCACUGAUUUCUUCCUUAUGUCAGUGACCAUAGCGUUUGCCACCCAGUUGGAGCAGUUAAUUCCAUGUACCAUGAAACUUCCAGAAAGACAGCCCGAGUUUUUCUUUUACUAUUCUUUACUGGGAAAUGAUGUUACAAAUGAACCCUUCAAUGAUUUGAUCAACCCAAACUUUGAACCAGAGAGAGCGUCUGUUCGAAUACGAAGCAGUGUAGAAAUUCUUCGUGUUUACUUGGCUUUUCAAUCUAAACUACAGAUCCAUCUCUGCUGUGGAGACCAGUCACUUGGAAGUACAGAAAUACCUUUAGCAGGAUUACUGAAAAAGGGUAGUACAGAAAUCAACCAGCGCCCAGUCACAAUUGAGGGUGCUUUUACCCUUGACCCUCCAAACCGAGCCAAACAAAAGCUUGCACCUAUUCCUGUGGAGCUGGCCCCAACUGUGGGAGUGUCUGUGGCUCUGCAGAGAGAAGGCAUAGAUGCACAGUCUUUAAUUCAAUUAAAGACCCAGAAUGAACAUGAGUCACAGCAUUCAAAGAAGAGAGUUUUAACUCCCAUAAAGGAGAAACUUACUGAGCCAAAGUCACCAAGUGUGUCUCCUGUUAUGCCUCACAACCAGUCACCUCCAACAAAAGAUGAUGCAACAGAAAGUGAAGUGGAAAGUUUACAGUAUGAUAAGGACACAAAACCAAACCCAAAGGCCAUCAGUUCUUCUGUACCUGCUUUGCCGGCCCAGCCGGUGACAGCAUCCAGUGCUCCGGAAACAGCUUCAGGACAGAAGAUUGCUGUUCCAGCCACAUCACACCAUUUUUGCUUUUCGAUAGACCUACGGAGUAUCCAUGACUUGGAAGUUGGUUUUCCAAUCAACUGUAUUUUAAGGUACUCAUAUCCAUUCUUUGGAAGUGCAGCUCCUAUUAUGACUAAUCCUCCUGUUGAAGUUCGGAAAAACAUGGAAGUUUUUCUUCCCCAAUCUUACUGUGCAUUUGAUUUCGCAACUAUGCCUCAUCAGCUGCAAGAUACCUUCUUAAGGUCAAAUAACAGGAUAAUAAAUCUUUCUUACACCAUGACUCUAGAAGAUUAUGGAAUAUUAAAAACACGUGAGAUUUUUGUCUCUGAUUCAUCUCAGGGUUUAACUGCUGUACAACAGAACUCAUCUUGUCUUCCUCCCGCACCUUGUCCUUCAGAAGUCCAGACAGAGCCUCGUGAAACCUUAGAAUACAAAGCAGCUCUUGAGCUAGAAAUGUGGAAGGAGAGGCAAGAAGACAUUUUUGAAAAUCAGCUAAAGCAGAAAGAACUAGCUCAUAUGCAAGCUCUUGCGGAGGAAUGGAAGAAAAGGGAUCGAGAGAGAGAAUCACUAGUAAAGAAAAAGGUGGCUGAAUAUACUCUUCUGGAAGGAAAACUUCAAAAAACCCUAAUUGAUUUAGAGAAGAGAGAGCACCAGCUGGCCAUUACAGAAUCAGAGCUUCAACAAGAAAGAAGGGAACUGAAAUCAGAACGUGAACAGAACCUGCAAGAACUUCAGAACUCUAUCCGUAGGGCCAAGGAAGAUUGUGUUCACCAAGUAGAACUGGAAAGGUUAAAGAUCAAGCAGCUAGAAGAGGACAAACACCGACUUCAGCAGCAGCUUAAUGAUGCUGAAAAUAAGUAUAAGAUUUUGGAAAAAGAGUUCCAGCAGUUCAAGGAUCAGCAAAGCAACAAACCAGAACUCCGCCUACAGUCUGAAAUAAACCUUCUCACCUUGGAAAAGGUUGAACUUGAAAGAAAGUUGGAAUCUGCAACUAAAUCUAAACUGCAUUACAAGCAGCAAUGGGGACGAGCUUUGAAAGAACUUGCCAGACUUAAACAGCGGGAGCAAGAAAGUCAAAUGGCUCGUCUUAAAAAACAGCAAGAAGAAUUGGAACAGAUGAGACUACGUUACUUGGCUUCUGAGGAAAAAGAUACAGUAAAAACUGAGCGACAAGAAUUGUUGGAUAUAAGAAAUGAAUUAAACAGGUUAAGGCAACAAGAACAAAAACAGUGCCAGGAUUCCAGAGAGAUUGCAAGUGGAAAAGUGAAUGGUCCACAUGGCGAUGCCCUGGAAGAAGGUUUGGAUGAUUAUUUGACUCGCCUAAUAGAAGAGAGGGAUACUUUGAUGAGGACGGGUGUGUAUAAUCACGAGGAUCGAAUAAUAAGUGAACUUGACCGACAGAUCAGAGAGGUUUUGGCAAAAAGCAAUACCAGUAAUUAAUAACAUUUGGAAAAUCUUUACAGACUUCAGGUCUAAAUUUUAAUUUCAUUGUAAAACCCUUAAAUGAAGGGCAAACUGGAUGUUUUAAGAUGCAAUUUUCAGUUUUUUUAUAAGCAAAAAUUUUAUAUGCUAUUGUAUAGUAUUUAUUUGAUUUUAUUUACUUUGUGCUACCUCUCCCAUUCUGGUUUUAUUUGUAAUUGCAUUUUAUAUACUCAUUUUAAAUGCCUUUUCAGUGUUCCUUGUAAUUUAUAAUUUCAUGGCUGAGAUUUCAAAACAGCUUUUCAUUAAAUUUGUCCUAGGAGAAAUGACUGCAGUUAUAUAUUUUCAUGUUGAGCCAAAAGAGUACAUGUUGCACUUUAAAAAUGUGUCCUAUUCAUUUUGAAUAUAGAUAUCUUAAUUGUUUAGACAAAUUGCAAAUGUAAAGAAUUGUAUUUAACUCGUUUUAGAUGUCCUGUCUUUUUUACUUCUAACAUUAGCAAGUGACACGUUUGAAAACAGGAUAAAUGCAAAGAAGCCAUAUGGUAAUAUUGAGAGACAAGUUAGUCGUUUAUUUAAAGUUUAUAUAGAUUAAACUUGUUUCAAGCCCUAUUGAAUUUUCAAAUUUUCGGUGUGCUCUUAACUUUUAAGAAUGUGAAGUAGCAGCUUAAUAAGGUCUUUGUCAGCCUCUUGCUCAAGAUUGCAUCAUUUUCUUUUGUUGAAAAUAGAGAUUUCUUUUUAUUUUUCAGUAAUAGUAUGACUAGUUAACUCUGUAAUAUAGAAAUAGGUACUUUUUAAAAAAAGACUUUAGCUGGGAAAAUAGAAUGAAAAAAUUUUUUUCUCCCUCUAAUUUUAAUCAGUCUUUUUAAAAAGUACAUGAGAUUAAAUCAUUGGAUUUACAUAGUGCCAUGUUUGUAUAAACUUAAGAAUUCCUUUACAUCAUAUUCUUCAGAGCCAACAUUUGUCCUCAGAGCACUUCCCGCGUCCUUUUAAAGGGUACUGAAAAGGCUUAUUAGAAAUGUCCCAAUUUGGUGAGUCUUUAAAUAUAUAUAGUUGGAAAUUUCUGAUUCCCAAAUAUAAUAAAUUUAAGUAUGUACUUCAGGUGGGAUACAUACUAUUUACUGAUAACUUCUGUAAAAGCAGAAUAAUAGGCCAUUUGGUAACACUAAAUUAAUUUUCUGUUGCUUUCCAAGGAGGUAUGUUUCUUGUUUGGGAAAUUAAAGUCCCUGCAUGCAUUAUAUGGUUUUUUUCUUUAUUAACAAAGUAUUAAUCUAAAAACAACCCAGCAGUAAAUAACAGAGAAAGAAAUUACUGAAUGAGAAAAUAAUGAAUAUGUGAAUCAUAACAAGAAUUUGAAACAUUAAUUAUGGUUAGGCAUUAUCUCUUACCGAAUUUCGUGCCACGUGAAUUGAACAGAGUAUUCUUUUUGUUUCGGAAAGUCUCGGUUAAAAUAUAGUGACUGCCUUCAAUUGCAUUGUGUACUGUGUGUGACUCUUCUCAAACACUAGAGGGGGCCUUAGAUUUAAAGAAACAAAAAGGACUUUCCUAAAAUGGAUGUGUGGUUUAUUUUGCCUGCUGUAAAGCUAUCUUUUGGCUAUGUAUUUUAACAAAUAAAAUGGUAAUUGUAUGCA